GCACUUCUUCUUGAUUUUGUUGCCGCAUCUCGCCCACACGUACACAGCACCCCAGCGCCAAUGUCCUUUGAAGUGCGGAUUUGUGAAGGAUGAACCCAAGCGGCUCCGGGCAUGACGGGCAUGACGCCCGGCCCCCAAGCGGCUCCACCAGGAAGGUCACGCCUGAAGUGUCGCUGCCGCAAGCCUCGCCACGGAAGGUCUCUUUGAGGUCCAGGAGCAAAAAGUUUUACAUGGAAGCUGCUCCAUGGUUCCGAGCAAAUCAGGCCGCCGCCGACGACGCGCACAGCGAUGCAGAAAGCGUGACGAGCGAAUAUCGAGGAGAAGAUGGAGCUGAUUUAUUCGAAGCUCAGGAAUCAACAGAUGCCUCAGGGGCAUCCUCGCUGCCAACAGCGCUGCAGUCGGGGCGUGUCUCGCGCAGCUCGGUGCCGUCGGAAGCAAUGACACUGUCGCCUACUGCUCUGAAGAAAUCGAACCUGGAGUUGGAGCUACCGGUGGUGCCCAACAGGGGAGCCGAUGUGAGCCCUUUGAGUGCUUCCAGAUCUAGCGUGGGGGCAGUGUCCAACAAGACCACGGAAGCCGAUGUGCAGGUCUCCGCCAGCACGGCGGGGGAGUGGGUGAAUCGCCUUGCAGCUCUCCAGGAAGUGGGGAAUGAACACGCAGCCUGUGCAGGCAGAAUCUGGAACGUGAUGAAGGAGAUCUUUCCAGAGGUGAAGACGUUGGACACGAUCGAGCAAACAAAGAUGAAAGAGAGUAUCCUCUCGGAGCUUGAGAUGAGUCGUCGUUUGCUCGAACAACACGCGCAAGGUCUGGUUGGUACAGAUUUGGCUGAGCUACGCUUCAUCCAAUCAGAGACGAAACGAGCCAAUGAGCGCUUGGUCAGGAUAGAUAAGCUCUACGCCAAAGAGCUCAAUGCGUUACGAAGUAUCUUGGACGGAGACGUCAAGGUGGCCCCCAGGGAAGACUACGAGCCCAUGAUGUUCUUGGAGCCGGAAGAGCGCGGUUGUCUUUUGACCCUCCUCGAAGAAAAGCUCCAGGCGUUGUUCUCGGAGAAGCCUGAGCUGGAGUUGAUGAUCAAUCAGAAAGAAUACAUCCGACUGCAGGAGCUGUUUAAAAAGGAACGGCUGAGUGGUUUGGAACGGCAAGUGGCCAAUUUUACCCAGAAGUUGGAAGAGAUCACGAAUCAGGUGACCUUGUUGGAAGCCGAAAACGAGAAACUUGCCAAGAGACACGCCAAGGAGAUGCGACGCACCUCGUCGACCAGCAGCCCGGGAACCAGCAGUCGGACACUGCAGGAUCAUAGGAGACCUUCAGGAGCAGCGACGUCACCGACGCAACGAGGCUCCGGAGAGUCUUCGGCGCGACAAGUCGCCACCCCUGUGGGAAAACCCAAAGCUGGUCGCCCGAAGAGGGGCGUCAAAUAUUCUCGGCCAGGUCGGGAGGCUGGUGACUCCAGCGAUGCCUGACCAGGUGGGUCACACUCCGCACCUGUGAGCCCUGUGACCCCGCCGUCGCAAAGCGCCGUGCCUUGCACGGCUCCGGAUACCCCAAAAUGGCCAUUUUCAUGGGGUUCACCAUGGGAUCUGAUGGAUCUGGG